AUGAACCGGCUGCUGUUCAACUCCCGCCUCUUCCAGCAGCAGCUCUGCGAGCAGGAAGGGAGCACAGCACUUGCAGACGCGAGUCCAGCAGACUCAGCCACAGCAGCACAUGCCGACUUGAGUCCCGCAGGUGCAGGCGCACCAACACAGGCGGAUGUGAGCAGGGCGAUGAAUCGCCUGCUAUUUAACUUCCGCCUCUUCCAGCAGCAGCUCUGUGAGCACAUCUGGGCGGCCGGCCACUGGGCUGACGCUGUCGACCCCCUCACCGGCUACCUCAUGCACGCUGCUUCUCGCACCAGUGGCAGAAGCAGCGGUCGUGCUGCUUCUCACAGUGGUGGUGUCACCUUAGAGAAUUCUCAAAAGCAGCUCUGUGAGCACAUCUGGGCGGCCGGCCACUGGGCUGACGCUGUCGACCCCCUCACCGGCUACCUCAUGCACGCUGUGAUUGUUGGACAUUCUCUUGUUCACCAAUCGUACAACUGCUAUCCCCCUACUUCGAAAGAACCUCUUACGGCAACCAUGGCGGCGGUUCGUUCGCUUAUCUCGUCCGUCAGACUCACUCCGGCUGCAGCAGUACCACUCAAAUCCUCAGCCUCCUCACUCGUCCGCGACGAGUCGAGAAAUCUCAACUUAAGCGUGAAUCUCGCCGCAUCAUGCUCAUCAACUAAGGGCUCUCGUCGAGUCGCACCUCCUUCUGCUGCGGCGACUACCCUCGCGGCUGCUGCUGCAGCACCCACAGCGGAGGACGCGCCGUCGGUCGCGGCGUCAGAAACGAAAGUCACGACACCGCCGCGGCGCCGCCUGAAGGUGGGGUGCCACGCGGCGCAGGGGCGGCGCGACGAGAUGGAGGACCACGUGGUGGUUCUGGAAGACAUAGGCGCCGGGUUCCUCUACGCCGGCGUGUUUGACGGCCACGCAGGCGCGUCUUCCGCGAAGUUUCUGAGCGACGAGCUGCAUGACGACUGCAUGGAGGCACUGGAGGGCGGCGCGGUGCUGGAAGAUGAGGACCUCACGGCCGCCGAGGACGCGCUUGAGGAUGCUUUCCUUAAAGCCGACCAACGGCUGCUGCAGUGGCUGGAAGAGCACAGUUCCGAGCCCGAGUCCGGUUCCACCGGUACAGUGGCGUUUGUGCGGCACGACCGGCUGUUCGUGGCGCACAUAGGCGACUCGCGCUCAUUCCCCCCAUCCCCUUCUCCUCCCCUUGCGCAUACCCUCCCAAAUUGCUUCCCCAGGCUGGAAGAGCACAGUUCCGAGCCCGAAUCGGGUUCCACCGGCACUGUAGCAUUCGUGCGGCACGACCGGCUGCUGGAAGAGCACAGUUCUGAGCCCGAGUCGGGAUCAACAGGCACUGUAGCGUUCGUGCGGCACGACCGGCUGUUCGUGGCGCACAUAGGCGACUCGCGCGCCGUGAUGGCCUCUCGCCCCAAUCCCCCGUCAAUUCUUCCCCUCCCUGCAUAUCCCUGCGCUGCACCCCAGGCUCGAGGAGCACAGCUCGAGGAGCACAGCUCGGAGCCAGAAUCGGGCUCAACAGGCACUGUAGCAUUCGUGCGGCAUGAUCGGCUGUUCGUGGCGCACAUAGGCGACUCGCGCGCCGUGAUGGCCCGAUCACAUCACAUGUCCCCCCAUCCCCCCUUGCGCAGGCUAGAAGAGCACAGCUCUGAGCCCGAGUCCGGUUCAACAGGCACGGUGGCGUUUGUGCGGCACGACCGGCUGUUCGUGGCGCACAUAGGCGACUCGCGCGCCGUGAUGGCCGUUGGGGGCGACGAGGGGUACAUCUCGGACGACCAUAAGCCCAGCGGCGACUCGAGCAAGGCGCAGGCGGAGAUUAAACGAAUCAACAAGGCGGGCGGAUGGGUGAGUAGUUUGUGUUGA